AAUGAUGUCGCAUGGAUCAUCAUCGUCUGCAUUUCAAAAUGAUCAGUCAGUCUCCUCGUCUUCUCAACAACCUGCGGGGCUGUCUCGGUUUUUCUCGCAAUCCCAUAACCCUUCCCAAACCCUAGAAGAUGCUUUUUCUCGUCUUUGUGUUUCUGCCUCUCCUUUCAACUACUCACAUUCCGCCUCUCCUUUCAACUACCCACAUUCUGAUUUUGUUGCCGAAAGUCCUUAUGGUAUCAAUGGUUCUUCAAAGAUUCACCCUUACAACAGUUGGGCUGGUGGGAUUCCCACUUCUCAGACCGCCAAUCUUUGGCACCCCACAUUCACUUUUAAUAAUUAUUCUUGUCAUGCUGAUGGGUGUCUUGAUUCCAAACCAUUGACGAGACAAAUAGAAAAUCCCACAUUCAGUGGUGUUUAUCCUGUUGUACCAUUCUCCUCCAAUGGGAUGAAGUCGCAGAAGACCUCUGACAACGGUUUCUUGAAUGGUGGUAUUUUAGGUGGUAAUGGUUUCAAUAUUCUGGGGUUUAGUUUUGAUGAAAGGCGCCUCCAAUGGUUCAACAAUUUUCGGGGUUGCGUUUUGACGUUGGCUACGGAUCAACUUAUGUGUAGGACUUUGCAGGAGACUUUGAAAACAUUGACGAGAGAAGAGUUUGAUAUCAUUUUCUUGGAGCUUAUUAAUCACGUGACUGAUUUGAUGGUUGAUCCCUUUGGGAACUAUGUUGUUCAGAGGAUGAUGGAACUUUGCAGCGAAGAGCAACGGACUCAGAUAGUGUUGAGAGUGACUCAGUGUAAUUUUCAGUUGGUCAGAAUUUGCCUGAGUCCCCAUGGAACCCGGGCUGUCGAGAAAUUAUUGGAGUAUAUAACCUCCCAGGAGCAACGAAAUCGUAUUAUGUCAGCUCUUAGUCCCGGUGCUGCUGUAUUGGCAAAGGAUGUGAGUGGUCAUAGGGUGAUUCUGCAUUGUCUAAAACAAUUCCCUAGAGAAGACAAUGAGAAUCUUCUGAAUGUGGUGGCAAACAAGUGCUUUGAUAUUGCAACAGAUAAAACCGGAUGUUGUGUGCUGCAGCCAUGCAUUAACCAUGCUCAAGGAGAAAUGAAAAAGAAGCUGAUAGCUUCUGUCAUGUUUUACGCUUCACACUUGGCUGAAGACUGUUACGGCAACUAUGUUGUGCAACAUUUAUUGUCUCUGGGAAUACCAGGAGUUGCAGAAUCUCUAUGGAGACAGCUUGAAGGAAGAUUCUUCUAUCUGGCCUGUAACAAAUAUGGGAGUAAUGUAGUGGAGAAGUUCUUUCAAGACUCGGUUGAACCGCAUUCAACAUAUAUUUCUCUGGAGUUGCUCCACAAUCCAAAUGUUGCAAUGCUUCUGGUGGAUCCAUACGGGAAUUAUGUCAUCAAAUCAGCACUGUCAGCAUCUAGGGGUCAUGUCCGGAAUGCCUUGGAGCAACUAAUCAAACAAAAUUCCUUGAUGAUGCAGAGCAACCUCUUUGGCAAAAAGUUACUUGCUUGGUUUAACAAGGGAAGAAUAUAAACAUGCAUUACUGUUACUUUGUUUGUAUAGUUCCAAAGACAACUCAUACCACAAGGGGUUGCACGUGUCUCCAUUGUCUGUCUGUUCCAUUACUGUCGUACCAAACAUUGUUUAUGUCUUCGAUUGUGUUAGUUUUGUAGUUUAUUUAGUUCUUUUCAAUUUUGUCACCUUCCAUGCGAUAGUAGGACUUGCUACUGAAAGCCAUUCAGAUUGAAUUACAGAGGGGACUAUAUUGGACAAUUCUCUGCUGUAUAGAUUACUUCGACCCUGCAUGAGGGCUGAAGCAUGUGAUGAAACAAACUGAUAAUCUGAAACUGUACUAGUGUUGUUCCUCUGUAUUACAUGUUCAAUAAAUGGAUCAUGAGGAUAAUUUUGCUUAAGGGGCAAUACUGCCGUAGCUCUUUCUACCAACCUCCAACA